AUGGCAGACUUGGAAAACAUGCUUCUAGAGGCAGCCGGUAGGAAGAAUUCUCCGGUUAGAAAGCGACAAAAGAUUCGAAACACAAGAACAAAACACGAGGAUGCAGCGUUCUCUGAUGAUGAAAGUGAUUCCAAAGAGGAAGACUCUGAUAAAGGUGUUGGUAAUGUAAACAAAAGGUCAACAACAACAAGUGCAUCCAAUGUUCCAUUGAAGAAGAGGUUUGAAUUGGAAACCACCAAAAGAAGUAAUAAAAAUAAUAAUGUUGGUGAUGAAGGUAAAAGCCAAGGAAAAGAACGUGAAUCGAAGGAUCAUGAAAAUGGUAUUAGAGAAGAUGAUAGCAGUGAAGAAUCUGAUGAUAUUGGUAGAAAUAUUUACAAGAAUGAAGAUGACAAAAAAAGGCUUACUAAGAUGACAGAACUCGAAAGAGAAAUGAUUUUGUCUGAAAGAGCAACGAAGAAAGGCGACAAAGAGUUAAAAGAGAAAAUGAUCAUGAAAAUGAAUAGAGAAAAGAAUAAAACAAUUGCAAAAGCUUCUAGUUCUAAUAAUAAACCACCACCUCUUCCUUCAUCUACCAAGAUUCGUUCGUCUGCUAGAAACGCCGAGAAAACAGCUGCAAAAGGCGAUGUAUUAAGCGAACUGCGUGCUAAAAGGAUGAAGCAACAAAGCGUGGAGAAUCAUGGAAAAUCAGAAAAGAAGAAGAAAAAGACAGAAGUUUUGGAAAAUAAUCCAAGUAGCUCAAGUGAAAGUGAGAGUGUUGUGAGAUCUGAAAGCGAAAAAGAAUCUUCUUCUUCGGAUGAUGAUGGUGAAUUAGUUGACAGUGAUGAUGAUAAGAACAUCGAUGAUUUAGAUAAACCAACAUUUGAGGAUAUAAAGGAAAUUACUAUAAGGAGAUCAAGGCUUGUUAAAUGGUUAAAUGAACCAUUUUUUGAGGAACUAAUGGUUGGUUGUUUUGUGAGAAUUGGUAUAGGAAAAUCAGAGAAUGUACCUGUUUAUAGACUCUGCAUGGUUCAAAAGGUUGAAAGUGGUGAUCCUAAUAAACACUACAAGGUAGAAAAUAGAGUGACACAUAAGUACUUAAUUUGUGUUUGGGGAAGUGAAAGUUCUGCUGCUAAAUUUCAAGUGGCUGUAGUUUCUGAUUCUACACCAUUAGAGAAAGAAUUCAAACAAUGGCUUAGAGAAGUUGAGAGAACAUGUAGCUAUAGACCAAGCAAGGUAAAUGUAAAGGAAAAGAAGGAAGCUAUAAAAAGAACAAACACAUAUGUUUACUCGGCCGCUACGGUGAAACAAAUGUUGGAGGAGAAGAAAACUGCACCGUCUAGGCCGUUGAAUAUUGCAGUAGAAAAGGAUAGGCUGAAGAGGGAGUUCGAGGUUGCGGAAAGCAAAAACGACGAGGCAUGGAUGGAGAGGAUUCAAACAAAGUUAUCGGAAUUAGAAGCGUUGCGUCGUGCGAGAGAGAACAAUGUUAAGGCUAUUAGGCUUGAUGAGAUGAACAGAAAGAAUCGUGUUGAGAAUUAUAAAAAUUUGUCCGAGCAUAGAAAUAUGAACGCGAAUUUGAAAGCGGGCGAGGAAGGGUAUGAUCCUUUUUCUAGAAGGUGGACAAGGUCAAGAAACUACUAUAAUGAAGAUCAAGGAAAAGAGAAUAAAGAAGGUAAAGGAGAAAAAGAUGAACAAAAAAUUGUUGGUGUUGAGGCUACAAAAGAAUCAUUGAAAGAAGCUGCUGAUGCAGGGAAGUUGAUUGAUACUACUGCUCCUGUGGAUGUUGGAACAGAAUCAAAUAUGUUGCAUGAUUUUGAGGUAUCAAUUUCAUUGGCUGAACUUAAGAAAUUUGGUAAAGGACAAGAACAAAGAAGAGAUGUGUUUUUUGCAAGGAAACAAAAGAUAGAAGCAACGGUUGGUUACCAAGUACCUGAAAAUGAUGGGAGAAAGCAUCCUCUUACAUUAACAAUUAGUGACUAUAAGAGAAGAAUGGGGCUUCUUUGACUCAAAAGUUUGAUUCUUUUAUUUUCUUUUGGUGUUAACCCUCAUGUUCCAAGGGGAGGGGCCCCGAUAAUUCAGUGUUCGGCCGCGAGGUAAGUAAAGUUUGAUCAAGAAUUGUUUUCACUAGGAAUCGAACUCGGGUUCUCCCGAACAAUUCAUCAUAAGGAGAACUCAAAAGUUUAUUCUAUGAAUUAUUAGUGGUGAUUUAAUUUCAUUUAUUUUAUUGUCGUUACUAGUUGUUUGUAAAAUUU